AUGUCCAAGCGAAUCGCUUUCACCGUCCACGGCAAAGUGCAGGGCGUUUGUUUUCGUGAUUUCGCCCAGAGUCAGGCUAGCAGCUACGGAGUCACUGGCUUUGUGUCCAACACUUCAGAUGGAAAAGUUGCGGGCGAAGCGCAAGGUGAUGAUGAAUCACUAAAGAAACUAAAGGCGGAUCUCAACGAAGGACCGAAAGCUGCUCAAGUCGUCAAGGUUGAGGUUAAAGACAUUGCAACCAAGGAUGGGGAAAAGUCCUUCAAUGUGGCUUGA